CGAAGCUCAGUGCGAGUUACAAACCUAUAAUGACGUCAUCAGAUAGUAAGUUAGCAGGUAUGACGUCAUCAGAAUCAAUUGAAACAUGUGCAGUAAAGAUGGCGCUAAUAGAGCAUGGUUUAUGGUCGAGGUUUCACGCGUUUGUCAACGAGAUGAUUGUGACAAAAAAUGGACGACGAAUGUUUCCGGUUCUUAAAACAUCGAUUACGGGACUUGAUCCAACUGCGAUGUAUUCCGUCAUGCUUGACUUUGUACCCGUGGAUAACAAUAGAUGGAAAUAUGUGAACGGUGAGUGGAUCCCCGGGGGAAAACCCGAACCCCAUGUUUCGUCAUGUGCUUAUAUUCACCCCGAUUCACCCAACUUUGGUUCGCACUGGAUGAAACAACCCGUUGGUUUCAGUCGCGUCAAACUUACUAAUAAAGCUACAGGGAACCCCCAGCAAAUAAUGUUGAACUCUCUGCAUAAAUACGAACCCAGGAUCCACAUCAUGCGCGUUGGGGGCGCUGAAUCGCAACAAGUCGUUGCCUCGCAUUCAUUUCAGGAGACAAGGUUCAUUGCUGUUACUGCUUACCAAAACGAAGAUGUUACUUCGCUCAAGAUAAAAUAUAAUCCUUUCGCCAAAGCUUUCCUCGACGCAAAGGAGAGCCGCUCAGGGAGUGAAAAUUAUUUUAAAGAUUCAACGAAAGCGGGUUCGUCGCAAAAUUAUUCGAGAGCGAACACAUGGACGGCAAAUCAAAGCAACCCAACAUUCAAUCAAUGUCAGUAUGAAUCAGGGAUUCCCCCAUUCCAUUACCCCAUCCCAAACCAACCGAAAACAACAAGAGAGCGGCGCAUGAGCCGCACACAAAGAAGCCAUCCCUACAAACCAUCCACAACGCAAAUUUAUCAAGAUUUCCAACCAACCAAUUACCCCGCCCUACCAAACGACCAAUGGCAAUCAAGUAUCGAAGGUCAUGAACUCGAUGAGGGACACUUUAGUCUCGAACCAGUCUCUGUAGAUGACGUCACCGCCUUAGGAUUCGACACCCCGCAUCAGGGUUUUGCAACAAACGAUCUUCUUUCAAUAGAGCCUUCCUAUUCGUUAGAUUAUCCUCAAUUCACGACCACGUGGUCCUACCCGACCAAUCACAUGCCAGGAUAUGUUUCAAACAGUCCAAUCAGAAGCCUGGAACAACCGGAGUACUUUUAUAGAGGCUAUGACGUAUCACAGCAAAAUUACGUCACGAUGACGUCAGCAGAUGUUAGUAAUGUGACGUCAUCAUUAUACGAAACUCCGUCACCGGGGGUCAUGCAAAGGCCACAAGAAGAUUUUUCAAUCGCGUAUACGCCGCUUACGCCACCUUCUUUGUGACGUCACAAUGCGAAUAUAAUUAUCGAUUGUUUCGUGAAAUAACAUUAAAAUAUGAACACAUGUUG